AUGUCAAAUGCUUUUAGAAUAAGAAUUGUAUCAUUUGCUUUGUUUGGACUGACAUGGAUACUUUUAGUUGUUUCGUUCUCCACUUUUUGGUAUUUCUAUACAGACUAUGAAAAUGGUGCGAAAAGAUAUAUGUGGUCGAAAUUCAACGAGAUGAGAGUGAUGAUCUACGAAAACGAUGUUCUGGUGGAGAAUUACAUUACCAGUUGGGAUAUGACCGAGAAAACCAAUGAACGAAGUAUCUAUAGAGCGUCGGUGGCAUUCGUUAUACUGUCUUGGAUACAGCUGACAAUCUUGUUGUUGACUAUAGGAUUGUCGUUCGCCGGCGCACUCGAUCGAAUAUCGUCGUUCCCUUUCAACCUAAUGAUUCGUGGUAUGUCGAUUUGCGCAGUGGUAUUCUCUGUGAUUGCAAUGUUGGUAUUCACAGGACUGCCAGCUGCCAAACUAAAAGACUGUCAAAACACCUAUAGCGAUAGCGAAUGUAAUUUUUCCGACUUUAAACAUUUUGUCUAUACGUCUAAGAUGACAAGAGCAAACCCAGAUGUUGGAUGGGCCGUAAUCAUUCCAGCGAUAGCAUUCAACAUUGGUGGAAGUGUUGUAUCAUUCUUUGUAAACUAUCAAGAAUAA